AUGCAUCAUUCGUGCAGUAUAUGGACGACCCGUCAAACACCUACGAAACUGGACGAGGUGGUUCAUGCUUUGCAAAACAUGGAAGCCGAUAUCGAGUUUGUAUCCCCGUGCCAACGUGAAAUCAACGCUUACGCGCAGAACGGGGUUCCGGUCUACGUCUACUCGUUUGAUUACGUCCCAGAAAGCCCGAUUUAUGAAGAGGAAAUGAAGACAUUCCAUCUUUUUGGCAAAGACCCGAUCAAGGUGGAGCGACGGGAUGGCGGGGAAAAACGUCUCGACGCCUUUCACGGCCUUGACCACGCCUAUAUCUUCUCAAGGGGCUACAGCAGCAAUUUUGAGAUAAAACCUUUUACGAAAAAGGACGAAACCCUGUCGACAAUGCUAACCAAUAUGCUGACGAAUUUCGUGAAAACCGGCGACCCCUCGACAAAACGCUUCGCAUUCCCACCCUUCACUAAUGAGAGCAGCCAAUAUGUGUCCAUCAACGUGCCGCCAAAAAUCGAAAACGGCGAUCUCCAUUGGCCAAGCCCGAAAUUUUGGAACGUUGAAGCGGAAUUGAUCUCAAAAUAUGUGCCCAGAGACGGGGAUACAGUCGCGGAUCCGGAUGCCGAUUUGACGAAUGAGGAACGGGUUCAGCUCGGCGCCUAUCGACGAGCCUGGUGGGCCCUCUGGGUCCUGGUGAUCAUUCUGGCGGUCGUCAUCUGGGGCAUCGUUGCCUAUUGUAUCCUCAGAAAGCAGUGUUCAGUUCGAUCAAAACCCUACGAUAACAUUGUGGUGCCGCGC